AUACCAAGGAUUAGAAACACUAAAGUACUGUAUAUAUCAUUAUAAAUGUUCAGUGUAACAGUAUAUGGAUAUUUUUGUAAAUACGUAAAAUAAUGCUAUUUAAAGAUAGAAUUGUAGCCUGUGUUAGAGGAAAUAGACCUGAAACAUUACAGGAGGUCUUUGAAGGCAGAUUUUGAUCCCAGGGCUCGGUUUCACCAGCAUCAGUCUUUACUGACUUUGCUUUUACACAUAAAGCAGAGAUGCAAACGGCUCCGAUUUGGCUGAAACAGAUACUAUUUGGGAGAUUCUGCUGCGGCGCUACGUCAAAGAGGUAUAAUACUGUAACUUGUAUUAAAUAAAUAGGUGAUGUGUACUUUACUGACUCUGCUUUUACACAUAAAGUAAAGGCUUUGUUUAUUUGUUUUUUUUAAAGCUGUUGUAACCUAUUGCAAGCCCCCACAGCUGAAAUUCACAUGUUUUAAUCAAAUCCGCCACCUUCCCUAAGUGAGGGAUGGAAAUAAGACUCCUAUUGCAUAGCAGAUUCACCUGAUCCAGGUUUUAAAAUAAGCCUGAUUAGCCCCAAUGUAUAGGUAACAAGCACAGGUGUGUCUUAUUAAACUGCUAGUAAAACCAGGAAGGGAUCAAACUGCUAUGCAAAGGGGGGCUUAUUUCCAUCCCUGCCUAAGCCAACAAGCAGUCCCUCUUACUUUCCUGUUCAUAUUUUCCAGGUUCCAGUCCAGCAGCUAAAGCGAGGGCGGGCGCUGGAGAAUAUCCUGACUGUGGGAAAGGUUUCACCCAGUUAGAGCAUUUUAAAACACACCAGCGAAUUCACACAGGAGAGAAACCGUAUCACUGUUCUGACUGUGGGAAGAGUUUCAGUAGGUCACAAAACAUGAUAAAACACCUGCGAAUUCACACAGGAGAGCAACUGUAUCGCUGCUCUGACUGUGGGAAGAGUUUCAGUCAGUCAAACAACCUUGUUUCACACCAGCGAAUUCACACAGGAGAGAAACCAUAUCACUGUUCUGACUGUGGGAAGAGUUUCAGUUACUCAGGAGACAUGAAAGCACACCAGCGAAUUCACACAGGAGAAAAAACGUAUCGCUGCUCUGACUGUGGGAAGAGUUUCAGUCAGUCCGGACACCUUGUUUCACACCAGCGAACUCACACAGGAGAGAAACCGUAUCGCUGCUCUGACUGUGGGAAGAGUUUCAGUAGGUCAGGAGACAUGAAAGAACACCAGCGAAUUCACACAGGAGAAAAAACGUAUCGCUGCUCUGACUGUGGGAAGAGUUUCAGUCAGUCCGGACACCUUGUUUCGCACCAGCGAACUCACACAGGAGAGAAACCGUAUCGCUGCUCUGACUGUGGGAAGAGUUUCAGUAGGUCAGGAGACAUGAAAGAACACCAGCGAAUUCACACAGGAGAGAAACCGUAUUCCUGCUCUGACUGUGGGAAGAGUUUCAGUCAGUCCGGACACCUUGUUUCACACCAGCGAAUUCACACAGGAGAGAAACCGUAUCACUGUUCUGACUGUGGGAAGAGUUUCAGUAGGUCAGGAGACAUGAAAAAACACCAGCGAAUUCACACAGGAGAGAAACCGUAUUCCUGCUCUGACUGUGGGAAGAGUUUCAGUCAUUCAAACAACCUUGUUUCACACCAGCGAAUUCACACAGGAGAGAAACCGUAUCGCUGCUCUGACUGUGGGAAGAGUUUCCGUCUUAAACAAGGCCUUCAAAAUCACCAGCGAAUUCACAGGAGAGUGGAACAUUACCCUGCUAACCUCCCCUAUUCAGCCAUCAGCGGAGAUGAUUCAACCACGAACAGCGACAUGGAUGAGAAUAGGAAAGUGGAGGAGGCUGACCUAAACAGAAUCCCGUGUGCUGCCAUGGAGAGUGUGAAGAUGGAAUCUGUCCAGAUUAAAGAGGAGUUCCCUGAACUUGAACUGGUCCCCAUUAGAGUGGAGUUCUGUGGGCUGGCGUCCCUCCCCAUUAAACAGGAGCUCUGUGUGGUGCAAUUUGACAGCAGUCAGCCAGAGGUCUCUGAGAUUAAAGCUGAGCACAAUGAAUUGGAGAUCCCCCAGACAAAAGAACCCCUUCCUGUUAAACAAGAAGAGGUGCUGGAAACUGUCCGUAUUAAAUGGGAGCCCCUUGAAGUAGAGUUUGAGCACAUGGAACCAGUGAAGGUAGAAUCUGAGGACUUUAAACCAAACAUCCCUGAGCUGGAGCCUGUACGCCUGCGGGAGUGUAGCGUGGUGCUGGAGAGAAUCUGCGUGAGAGAGCAAGGCGUUGGAGAGGAAGACUCUCCCAACAGCAUGCAAGGAGGUGGAAAGGAAGACGGGCGCUCCCAUUCAGAAUGCAGUCUAGCAGGUUCCAGUCCAGCAGCUAAAGCGAGGGCGGGCGCUGGAGAAUAUCCUGACUGUGGAAAAGGUUUCACCCAGUUAGACCAUUUUAAAACACACCAGCGAACUCACACAGGAGAGAAACCGUAUCACUGUUCUGACUGUGGGAAGAGUUUCAGUAGGUCACGAAACAUGAAAACACACCAACGAAUUCACACAGGAGAGAAACCGUAUUCCUGCUCUGACUGUGGGAAGAGUUUCAGUCGGUCAGACAGCCUUGUUUCACACCAGCGAAUUCAUACAGGAGAGAAACCGUAUCGCUGCUCUGACUGUGGUAAGAGGUUCAGUCACUCAGUAUCCCUGAGAACACACCAGCGAAUUCACACAGGAGAGAAACCGUAUCGCUGCUCUGACUGUGGGAAGAGUUUCAGUCACUCAGUAUCCCUGAAAGCACACCAACAAACUCACACAGGAGAGAAACCGUAUCGCUGCUCUGACUGUGGGAAGAGUUUCAGUCAGUCAAACAACCUUAUUUCACACCAGCGAAUUCACACAGGAGAGAAACCGUAUCGCUGCUCUGACUGUGGGAAGAGUUUCAGUCACUCAGUAUCCCUGAAAGCACACCAACAAACUCACACAGGAGAAAAACCGUAUUGCUGCUCUGACUGUGGGAAGAGUUUCAGUAGGUCAGGCGACAUGAAAGCACACCAGCGAAUUCACACAGGAGAGAAACCGUAUUCCUGCACUCACUGUGUGAUGUGUUUCCGUAGGUCAGGAGACAUGAAAAAACACCAGCGAAUUCACACAGGAGAGAAACCGUAUUCCUGCUCUGACUGUGGGAAGAGUUUCAGUCUGUCAUACCACCUUGUUUCACACCAGCGAAUUCACACAGGAGAGAAACCGUAUCGCUGCUAUAACUGUGGUAAGAGUUUCAGUAGGUCAGUAGACAUGAAAGCACACCAGCGAAUUCACACAGGAGAGAAACCAUAUCGCUGCUUUGACUGUGGGAAGAGUUUCAGUUAUUCAGGAAACCUGAAAGCACACCAGCGAAUUCACACAGGAGAGAAACCGUAUCGCUGCUCUGACUGUGGGAAGAGUUUCAAGCAUUUUAAAACACACCAGCGAACUCACACAGGAGAGAAACCGUACCACUGCUCUGACUGUGGGAAGAGUUUCAGUCAGUCAGGAGACAUGAAAGCACACCAGCGAAUUCACACAGGAGAGAAACCGUAUUUCUGCACUCGCUGUGGGAAGAGUUUCAGUCAGUCAAACAACCUUGUUUCACACCAGCGAAUUCACACAGGAGAAAAACCGUAUUUCUGCACUUGCUGUGGGAAGAGUUUCAGUCAGUCAAACAACCUUGUUUCACACCAGCGAAUUCACACAGGAGAGAAACCGUAUCGCUGCUCUGACUGUGGGAAGAGUUUCAGUCAGUCAAACAACCUUGUUUCACACCAGCGAAUUCACAGAGGAGAGAAACCGUAUCGCUGCUCUGACUGUGGGAAGAGUUUCAGUCAGUCAGCCAGCCUUAAAACACACCAGCGAAUUCACACAGGAGAGAAACCGUAUCGCUGCUCUGACUGUGGGAAGAGUUUUAGUCGGUUAGACAACCUUGUUUCACACCAGCGAAUUCACUCUGGAGAGACAUCGUAUUGCUGCUCUGACUGUGGGAAGAGUUUCCGUUUUAAACAAGGCCUUCAGAAACACCAGCGAAUUCACAGAAGAGAGAAACCUUAACCUUUAGCGGUCCAUUUAUUCAGCGCGUCUCAGGCGCGUUGGGUCCAAUUUAUUUUCACACGCGCAGUUUAUUUUAGAACCGCUGUUUAAAAGUAUUUUUUUCAUAAUAAAACGGUUUAAAAGGCUCUGCAUAUCAACAGGACACUCAGUACUGCAUCUCCAGCCCCGCCCCACCCCUUGUUGACUAUAUUUUUCACAUACGUCUUAAUAAUAGUACAUACCGAUAAAUCAUCUCCUGAUCACUCGUUUUAUCAUAAUUUAUUUUAUUACUAUAACAUCUAAAAAAAGCUCUGCAAAUGUCUGAUGUUCUUUGAGUGCUGGAUGCAGAAGCAGCUAUCUUGUUUGUGUAUGUCCGUGUUAUCUAUGUGGUGUCGGGGCGAUCUGUAUUCAUGAGAUACGUCCUUUUUUAUUUCGGCUCCUAUUGGUCUCACUCGGCCAUUGAAUGGUUUUCUCGGCUUUUUCCAGAGAAAAAACGACUAGAGACCUGUAUUUUACGUUUAAGGGGAAAUUGCGAUGUCGGAUCAGGUCUGACAUAGGACCGCAAAGGGUUAAAGACUGUUCUGUCAUGAGGAAAAAAAAUGUUAACCUCACAUUAUGAAUCUGAAACAAAAACACUUUGGAAAUGUGAAAAAACGCCAAGUUCUCAAAAGUGCCCAGCCAUUUAAAGUAGAGAUAUCAAAAACACAAGACAAGCUUCAAGAAACAAGUGGGGCAACCUUAGCCAGCACCAAGCAAACAGGCACAACUAUCAAAGAGGUGGGGGCCAAGGUUGCCCCAAUUUCACAAUUAACACAUUUCUCAUUUUUAAUUCAGAAAUCAAUUGUUUCUACUAACUUGGCUUGUGUUUUUCAGACACAGUAAAAGCGGAUCAAAUGCAUGAAAAACACAAGCCAAGUUAGUAGAAACAAUUGGUUUCUGAAUUAAAACUGAGAAAUGUGUUAGUUGUGAUAUUAAUUUAUAAAGGAGGGAUGAAAAGAAAACCAGAAGCCCAAAUAUACUGUAAUGCAAUGUAAGGUCUCUCUCAGAAUUAUUAUCAUUAUUAUUAUUAUUAUUAUUAUUUAAAAGAAAAAUAAUCUUCCAACUGAAUGUGCAUUUAAAAAAAUGUGUCGGGUUUACAGUCUACUUCAAUUAUAUUCAUCUGUGUUUUUUUCUUUCAUGUUUCCAAAGUGCAAAACAAAAACUACAACUGAAAGAGAAAAGGGAACCGAUUAUCAAGUGUAAUAAAACUCUAAGAUGUUAGUUUGUAAUGAUUUAUCAAUGGAAAUUACAUUAUAAUUACAGUACUGUAUGUAUUACAGCCGUUAAAUAAAAAAAAAGCAUUCUUGUAGUGUUA